AUGACAGAUCCAAUACUUCAUGAUCAUAAUAUUGAUGCUAUUGAAAGUAAAAGUGAUGAACCAGAAUAUGAUUUUAAAGAAUAUUAUUCCAGAGAACGAACAUUAGCAUUACGUGACAUUUAUAUUCCAUAUUGUACGGAACUUUUUUAUCGUGACAAUCCACUUAAAAUUGUUCGUUGUCAGAAUACAUAUAUGUAUGAUCAAUUAGGAAAUAAAUAUUUAGAUUGUAUUAAUAAUGUUGCUCAUGUUGGUCAUUGUCAUCCAUAUGUUGUUACACAAGUAUCAAAACAAAUGAGUGCAUGUGCAACAAAUAAUCGUUAUUUACAUGAUAAUACAGUUAUUCUAGCUGAAAAACUUUCUAAAACACUACCAAAAAGUCUUGAUCAAAUAUUUUAUACCAAUUCAGGAUCAGAAUCAAAUGAUUUAGCACUUCGUUUAGCACGACAAUAUACAGGAAAUUAUGAUAUUCUUGUACUUGAUAAUGCUUAUCAUGGUCAUUUGACAACACUUUUUGAAUUAUCAACUUAUAAAUUUAAAAAAGGAAAUAUUACAAUGAAAGAACCGGAACAUGUUCAUGUUUUACCAAUACCUGAUAUUUAUCGUGGUAAAUAUCGUGAUAUUGAUUAUAAUAAUGAUGAAGAAAAAUUAUGUCAAUUAUAUGUCAAUGAAGUUCAUCAAAUUGUUGAAGAAGUUGAAUCACGUGGUCGUCGUAUUGCAAUAUUUUUAAUUGAAUCAUUACAAUCAUGUGGUGGACAAAUUAUUUAUCCAAAAGGUUAUCUUAAACAGAUAUUUAGUUAUCUUCAAUCAAAAGGUAUUUUAUGUCUUGUCGAUGAAGUUCAAACAGGUUUUGGUCGAAGUGGUACUCACUUUUGGGCAUUUCAAUCAUAUGAAGAAGAUCUUGUUCCUGAUUUUGUUACAAUGGGUAAAUCUAUGGGUAAUGGAUUUCCUGUUGCUGCUUUGAUGACACGUCGAAGUAUAACACAGAAAUUUGAUAAGGAUGGUAUUGAAUAUUUUAAUACCUAUGGUGGUAAUCCAGUUAGUUGUCGUGCAGCUAUUGCUGUACUUGAUAUUAUUCAAAGAGAAAAAUUAAUGGAAAAUGCUCGAGAUGUUGGUAAUCAUUUAUUAAAUAAAUUAAAGGAAAUGGGCGCAAAAUAUGAUAUUAUUGGUGAUGUACGUGGUCGAGGAUUUUUUAUUGGAGUUGAAAUUGUACGUGAUAUAAAAACACGUGAACCUGGCAUUGAAGAAGCACAUGAAAUCAAAUAUACGCUUCGUCAGCAUAUGAUUAUUGUUUCACUUGAUGGACCUGAUCAUAAUGUUAUUAAAUUUAAGCCACCAAUGUGUUUUUCAAAAGGUGAUGCUGAUUUUCUUUGUGAUAAAUUGGAAACAAUUGUUAGAGAUUGUCAAAAGAAGAAAAAUGAAAAACAAGAACCAAAUAUGUAG